AUGAAUAAGACACCAGUUGAUAGAAUAGUAGCAUUUCUGGACCUGUUAUUGAUGCAGGAAGGUGGUGAGUGGUGGACAAAGUUCACCUAUCAUCGAGGUAAGCAGAGUGAAGGUCAGAAGGUCAACGCAUUGACUGAAGACGAUAAGAAACAGCUAAUGAUGUUGAAGAAAAGACUGGCUGCAGUGGGAAACGAGCUAUUGGUGAAGCUGCCGGAGCUAACGAGCAGCAAAGAGACGCCACGUUCGGCCAACGUGCGAGUGCUGCAGCUGCAGCUCGUGUUCCGUAUGCUGUGCUUUGGAACGUUAACAAGUAAGAAGAAAGAGGAGAAAAAGCAGUUGAAGAAAGAAAUUCGUCGACUGCUGGAUCGUGUGGCGCUGUUACUGGAUGCAGCCAAUCCGCCGUCGCUGGCGGAUGAAGAUGUGGACGAACGGUCGCCGUUCCAAGAAUUCCUGCAGCAGAAAUUAAGUGUGAGACUGGGGAUGCUGCUGCCAGGACUAAUGCAGUAUUUGCUGAGAGUUUAUGAGCUGGAAGAAGAAGAUAGCAAGGCUGAGCAGGGGUCUAUAACAUCUAUGUUGCCUACGCCCGUAGUGAAGCUAUUGCAGCCUCUGCAGCCUCUUCCGGAGUUGUCAACCUCGGCUGGUAUCGGUGACAGGAGCAUUUUGUCUGCAUUACGCCAGGAACGGCCGGCUAAACGCGCUCGUCCUGAUGCAAGUGCGAUGUUUAAAGAAGUCGAACUGCCUCAGCAGAAGCAACUUCUGUCGCAUUCUCGAAAGUCAAGACGGGUAUCUAAAAGCCACAGCAGCAGCGCAAAUAAAUGCAGUAACACUAACAUGAGCAGCAGCUGUAUAAGCAGUCGAGACACACGGCUUGACGUACCAGCGGGUGCGAAAUCAAUCAAGGCUCUAGGUGCGACGAGAGCUCUAUCCACUAGGUUAUCUAAUGGGACUGAUUUGCUGCGUCGCGCUGCUGCAACGACACCUACAGCACCUCGUCUUCACGGAAUAAUGUCUGAGCGUUCCCACUUUGCUGGACGCCAAACUACAAUUUCCACGUCACCAAGCACUGCCACACAAGUCGGACGAUCAGCUCCAGCGAGAAUUCCGUCACCAUCGAUCCCUGGACCGCAGCCUGCAAUGCGCCGAAAGGCAAGCACUUCAUCAGUAGUCAUGCGUACUCCAGAUAGACCGAAGCGAUUGGGUGCACGGAACACCAGGAGGGUUUUAGUAGAAGCAUCUCCUCCACUCCGCAGACCCAACGGCGCUGGAGCUUCAGUGCCGCGUCUUCUUCGGCCCAAGUUAUCACGACUAGGUGCGAACCCUCCUCCUCUUUUCCGAUGA